AUGUAGCACCGAUCAAUUUUCACAUUUCUUCUUUCCUUUUCAGUGGAUUUGGUGAUGUGGAGAGACGUAUCAAAAUCAGCUUUCGUAUUUGGAGUUGGAACAUUCUUCCUACUCUCUUCCUCUAUCAUCAAAGAUCUCAAUUUUAGCAUGAUUUCUACAAUUUCCUACAUGGGUCUUGUGACUCUUGUCUACCUUGCUGCAAUCUUUUUCUAUAAAUCAAUACUUUGCAGGGGAGCUACAGAUAUGGAUGAUUCAAAUGAGGAAUAUAUAGUAGGGGAACAAGAGGCAAUUUGGGUACAAAAACUGAUCCUUCCCUACUUGAAUGAGUUCCUAUUGAAGCUCAGAAGCAUUUACACUACUUUGUCUUUUUUUUUUUGGGUAAUCCUUUACGCUACUUUCUAUCUUAAGUGAAAGCCCCCAUCAAACGAAAACCCCUUUCCCUCUUUCUCCGACACCAGCCGAGGAAAGCGAAGGCGACGGGCAAGACGAGGGCCUGGAA